CAGAUGCCCCGUUGGCCCGAACACAAAGCAAGUGCUAGAUCUCAUGUCGGUUGUUGAUCAGGGUGGAAUUAGUUGUGGUCGCAUUUCUGAAAGAGCAAAUGAUCACACAUGCUGGAUGAACAAGGUUAAUGCUGGGUCCUUUCGCACUGUCGCGACCUUCUGAUUCAUGCACUUGACGGUGUAUAGACGUAUCUCCUGAGCAUCUUUGUACAACCACCCUCCUAGGGUGCAAUUGAGCAGUAUGCGGGUCGACGUGAGCUCCGGGGAACGGCACGAGGGGGCCACAAUAUCAACGGACUCGAACACGUUACGGCGUAGCUCCUCGGUAAUCGAGCACUUGAGCGUGGAGGCCGAACAAGUACACUCAUGGUGCGUUGAGAACGUGAAAACGCUUUUCCCAAGUGGUGACCCAGCGUCUAGCACGGCCCAUUCUUCUACCUCCGCGGAUGGUCAGUCUCUUGGUGGCGGCGGUGGGAGCCAUCAUCGCGUUCGACAUCCGGAGCGAGAGUAUAAGGUGUCCAGUGGUGUGCAAGUAGAUGCUCCAACUGCAUCAGCCGACGAGAAUGCGGGGGGUGCCCAUGAUUGUGGAGAUGGCGCGGUGUGGUCCAACGAACCGGCUCAAAGACACGUUCUGGAAGAGGAUGUUUGGUCUGAAGAGCACAUUCAAUAUUCGCAACUGUUGAAGACCGCUUUUUUCGAGAUUUUGCCGGGGCCACUCGGCUGGGCAUCUGCGCGCGUACUCGAGGGCAAGACGAGUGCGUGGAACCGAUUCGUUAUUGAUGGCGACAUUGGGUUUCUUAUUUUCAACGAAGUGGCCCUAACUUCGACGAUGUUCUUCGUCAUUCUCCUUCUCUGGUGGCUGGAUGAUGUGGAGAUCGAUAAUGACGAUGCGUCUGCAGAUGCAUUUGGAGGCGUGCAUUGGUCGGACAUCGCCACAUUGGGGCUCUUGAAGCUGUAUCGGUACUUUGGGAUCGCUCUGAAAUACGCCUACUUUACCGACAGUGAGCUCGCCUGUGUACGCGGCACGCAGAGCUACGGUCUGCAUGGAGUAGUUCUGCGACGGCUGGGCGGCGCAAUGUUUCAUGACGAUCAGGGCACCGCAGCAUUCGACAAUCUUGAACGCUUGCUCGAAUCCGCACUGCGCAAUGAGUGUGCAGAGGACUUCGUCUCUCUGAGCUUCGAUUUCGGAAACCGCGGUCCGAGCGCCGUGGCCCGUGUGUCGUAUGAUCUUACGGCAAAAACGAUGCUAAGGCUGGACAGUCAAGAGUUUUACGAUACGUACACGAAGGCGGAAGUCUCGACGCCCUUUCCAACGCUGCCCUUCGCGCAACAGCAGAAUUCGAAAUACGGCAAUCUGCGAAAGCUGAUGAGGCUGGAUCGUGGCUCAAUAGAAGGUAGCAUUCGCGACUCGUGCCGCAGGCACGGGCGUCUUCCGGUUCGCGUUGCCGCCUAUGUGCUGGUCAACAUUGCCUACGCGGUAUGCGCCAUGCCAAACGAUAUGCUCGUGUGGGCGGUCGGCGCUGCCAUCGUGCCCUUCGUGCGCUGGGCACAAAUGGACCUCAGCCCGUUCGGCGAUACAGCACUUUCAAACGCGGCCUGUGCGCUUCUUAUUUAUCAAAAGUUUUUCAUGCUAUCGAUUUUCAUCGGCUUUCUCUACUAUCCGUAUUACGACGCGCAUCGCCGAUGGCGACUAAGCUCGCUAUUAUUGGCCAUAUUCGCGCGGGACGCGCGUGCACGAUGCGCGAUUGCAACGUUGGACGAUGCGGCGACAACGAGCGCGAUGCGGCAACUCUGUCCUGCAGACGAGGAUCGAGAGACUCGUCUUUCUUCCGCUGCCGACGUGCGUUCAUUCUGGGUUUUGUGCCGUGUUUUGUCUCCCACUUAUUGUCAGCAGAUUAUGCUUCGUUACAGCAAUGGUUUUUCUCUGCUCUCACUUCUUUACCUGUCGGGUUGUUGCGCUCUCGUCGUGUUACAGGUUUCCACAACAACAUCGCGUAGUAGUGAAACUACACAUCAAGCGGUCGCCGUGAAUACCUCCUCAAGUAAUUCUGUGGAGACCAACAAGAGAAAGGGGGAACUUUACUGGCCCCUGAUUUGGGAGAUGGCGUAUAUAUUCGUGAUCGUGGCAGUUUCGCUAGUUAUGACCAUCCUAUACGGAAGUAGGUGCAACGAAAAUUUUCGGCGAUUAGCCCAUGCUUGUCGCCGUGUGCAAGUCCGCACUGCGACCGAGCAUCUCGCUCAGGAUUCGGCCGUAAGAACUGAUGAAUCCCAGCAGCAUCAAUCCACUUCACAGCUGGCCACCGAGUACGCGGAGGAUCUCAUAGCACAUUUCGAGGAGUUGCCAUUCCGAUUUCUGUACCAGACCGCAGACAAAACCUUGGUAAACGCUCUCUACGCUUAUGUGUCAUUUCUCCUCUCAGCCGUGUUCGCGGCGUUGGUUGCCAAUGGACACAUUGAUUUCGGCUUGGAAAUGCAGCGCAAUAGCUCGAGUAGUAGGUAACGGGCUUGCUCCGGAGCUACUUUGUUACCUCAGAACACAUUUCUGACAAGUCACUUUGCCGAGUCAGAACAUCAUCUCUCUGCAGAGAAAAAACG